UCUUAAGGUAGCUUUUCCUGCCUUAUUCCAUCUAGAGAAAGUGAUUCUGUACAUUUGUUUAAGGCAAGUGUCCUAGGAACGAAAGAAACCUAUGUUACUGUGAAUUUAUUUUAAAUUUACACAAACUGCACUGCAAUGAAGAUAACAGAAAGCUAUUCACCCGAAGAACGCUGGGUGCCACAGGAUACCACAUGCCUGGAAACGGAGCUAUGUUUACCGGAUGGUGUAAAGCAUACCGGCAACGAACAGGAUUCGCAAGAAACCGGCCCGAUACUUCUAUCGCAGCACGAUGAAAUCAAAGUGAAAGAAUCAACGGAUAAAAAGGAAGCGGCAAAACACGCAAACGAGCAAUGCACAAAACUCAACGAACCGUACUAUACCGACAGCAAACAAAAUCGCACACUGGCGGAGGUUGUUACCGUGUCCACAACAAAAGGCGUAUUCCAUCAGUUGCUGCUCACAUCUGCCGUGCUACUUCUGGCUGCCGCCUGUGGCAUGCCAAUUGGCUACUCAGCUGUCCUAUUGCCACAACUCUAUGAUGCCAACGAGUCCCUGACUAUCGAUAUUGAAAUGGGUUCCUGGAUUGCAAGCGUCCAUAGUCUGGCAACUCCAAUCGGAUCGUUCGCCUCCGGUCCUAUCAUGGAUCGUUGGGGCCGACGUCCCGCUCUCUUGCUAGCCAUCGUACCACUCUUCACCGGUUGGGUCCUACUCGCUACUGCAUCCUCCCAUUUCCUACUCCUCCUGGGGCGUGUAGUAGCAGGAAUCUCCGUAGGAUUAAUCGCUGCACCGGCACAAAUUCUGCUGGCAGAAAUAGCGGAACCACGGUUACGUGGCCUUCUGAUCGGUGCACCGUUCGUGUCCUACUCGCUCGGCAUCCUGCUCGUGUACGCACUCGGCAGCCAGUUCCACUGGCGUGAAGUUGCUUGGGGUGGUACGGUGCUACCCCUGCUGUCCUUCAUCGCGCUGUUUUUCGCACACGAAUCUCCCGUGUGGCUUGCCCGCAACGAUCAGCCUGAUCGUGCAUCGGCAGCACUAACCUGGCUCCGUGGCUGCCCCAUACAGGCGAAACAGGAGCUACACAAACUUACGGAACGGUUCGAGGAAGAACAGCAGCAAAACAAUGGCCGGCCGCAGCGGUUCUGGAAAUCGCUCGGUGAAAUCGCCAUCAUUAAACCGCUCAUCAUCAUCAAUGCAUUCCACGUGCUGCAAAUCCUCUCCGGCACGUAUCUCGUCGUGUUCUACGCCGUGGACAUCAUCUCCGAUCUUGGCGGCAGUGAUAUCAACACCAUCCAGGCGGCCGUACUUACAGCGAUCGUGCGUCUAGCAUUUACACUCCUGUACUGCUUCCUGCUGCUAAUGAUGCCACGCCGGCUAAUGGUGACGCUCAGUGGACUCGGUUCCGGAUUAAGUUGUGUGGCGAUUGCAGCAUUCAUGUACAUACGUGCCGAUGAACCAAAAACCCAGUACGAUACGUAUGUCGCCGCGAUACUUAUAUUGAUCUACAUCGGUGCCAACACCGGCUUUAUGACCAUGCCCGGCAUAAUGAUCGGUGAACUGUUGCCGGCUAAAAUCCGUGGCCAAAUAGCGGGCUAUCUGUUUACCAUCUUCAAUCUGUUGCUCUUUAGUGUGGCGAAAGGGUUCCCGUACGCUAAAGCAGCACUCAAAACGCAAGGUCUGUUCCUUAUGUUCGGUUUCGCCUCGUUCGGUGCGUCGUUGCUGUUGUUCUUUUUGCUGCCCGAAACGAAAGGACGCACACUGCACGACAUUGAAGACUACUUCCAGCAGCGAAAUUGGCUCUGGAUGAAUCGAAAACGUGCCCCGAAAGAUCCGUCCGUUGGUGGCGAAGAAGGGCGACCACUGUCGAACGAGUGAGCGUGUGCCAAUCGCUGGUGGCAGUGUAGCAGGAAGGAUACAUCAUUUUUAUGUGAUAUUUUACCGUACUUUGUAAGGGCCAUUCUACAUUAAUUGAGUGAAUGUUAGUGGGAUUUUGGCGGAAAAAAGGGAAGAAAAAUACCCACACAAACACAGUCUGUAGACAUUAGACGUUAGACAACUUAAUGCAUUCCAUAAUCAUGGAUUCCAGUGAGUGUGCAUGUAGAAAACAAAUGGGUAUUAAGCUAGAAAGUGUAACACAGAACAUUACCUUAUUGAAAAUAUAUACUUUUCAAUUCAAUUCAGCUGUACUCAGGACAUCCAGGGGCUUAGAAACGGCUUCUACUAUUGGUGGCCUUCACUUUCGGCAUCGAUCGGCACUGGAACGGACACCACGGACGUACCUGUGGUAUCAUU